AUGACCGUCCCCUCCCUCGAGGAGCUGGACUCCCUCAAGUACAGUGACCUGCAGAACUUGGCCAAGAGCCUGGGCCUCCGGGCUAACCUGAGGGCAGACAAGCUGCUAAAAGCCUUGAAAGCCCACCUGAAAGGGGAAGCAAGAAAAGAAAAUGGAAAGCAGGAUGAAAGUCAAACUUCUGCAUCCUCUUGUGAUGAGACUGAGAUGCAGAUCAGCAGUCAGAAACAAGCUGAGUGGGAACCAGCUGGCCAUGUCACCAAGAAAAGGAGAAGACGCAGGACUGUCCGCAGGAGUCCUGACUCCCAGCAGGAUCAUCCAGAGAUAAAAACAAGUGAUCCCACUGAGUUCCAGAAUCAAGAAAAACAGGCUCUCAGACCUGUUGCAGAAGUUCCAUCUCCACCAGAUGGGAGACAAGGAAAGGAGAAUGCAGUGUCCUCGGGAAAUAGUGAAAUAAAUGGUAAUGAAGAUUCAAAGGUGCCUUCAGAAAGAAAGAAGUCUGGCUACACAGAUGGGUUUUCCAAAUCUGGAAAAAAUAAAAGAAUUGCAAUCACUACUCCAAACUUUAAGAAGCUUCAUGAGGCCCAUUUUAAGGAAAUGGAGUCCAUUGAUCAAUAUAUUAAGAGAAAAAAGAAAAAUUUUGAACAACACAAUUCACUUAAUGAACUGAAGAAGCGGUCCAUAACUAAGGAAGUGGUGGCAACUCCAGUGGGUCGCCAAGGAAGAUUCUCUAUGGCUUGUACUCCCUCAAGCCAGCAGCGCUCACAAAGCCGGGCCCCGGGUGGUGCAGAUCUGAGCACCUUGUAUAUGAAGGGGUCGGUCAAGCGUUCCACUCUCUCAGCAACUAAAAUGAAUGUCAGAUUUUCAGCUGCUACUAAAGAUAAUGAAUAUAAGCGUUCACUGACUAAGACUCCGGCCAGAAAGUCUCCACAUGUGUCCAUAUCUGGAAAUACCCCCAAAGGCCAGGCUGUGCUUGGGACAAACAAGUUAAAGACCACAAAGGGGGAUUCUGCUGCAGUUAUUACCCCAUUCAAGUUUUCAGCUGAAGCAGCACAGACUCCAGUCUCCAACAAGAAACCAGUGUUUGAUCUCCAAGCAAGUUUGUCUCGUCCCCUCAACUAUGAGCCACACAAAGGAAAACUGAAACCAUGGGGACAAUCUAAAGAAAAUAAAUCUCUGAAUGAGCAUGUAAGCAGAGUUAGCUUCCACAAGAAAACUUACAAACAACCUCCUCUUCAGACCAGGGAGGAGCAACGGAAGAAACACGAGCAAGAACGGAAGAAGAAGAAAGCAAAGGCUUUGGGAACUCGAAGGGGCCUCACUAUGGCUGCAGAUUAA